GACACACUUCUUUGUUUACAGAUCCUCUGACAGGAGCUGAUCUUCCUGCUUUAAAAGUUUACUGUCAGUCUGGGAGUCUGCUUUGAACAUCUCUACUGAAAAGCAGCUGGAGCUCCAACCAAGCGUGCACCGCUGAAGUCAUGCUCAAUUAUUAAAGCCAUCUUAUUUUGAUACUUUUUAUUAAUAUUGUGGUGUUUUACAUAUAAAGACCACAGUUUGGACCACUGGCUCUAAAAUCCGCCCGCAUCAUUCAGAGUUGAUCUGACUAUAUAACAUAACUGAGGAUAUAACUGAGGAGGCUUCUAUCAGACAGUUGAUUGGAUCUAUGGAGAUUCCAGCAUCUUGUGCCUUGCUUUUCCUGCUGUUUUGUGCUGGAUUGUGCUGUAUAGACGGACGCAAGGAAUCCGUCACUUCAGGCUCCUCGAAGGGUGAUGAUGCCAACCAGAAAAGGCCAUCUCGAGCUUCAGAGACUAAACAAAGCCGCUGCUCCUACACCUUCAUCGUGCCUCAGCAGAAGCUAACAGGGGCUCUUUGCUUGAGCACUGAGUCGGCGCGGGUGAACCGCUCUGAGGUGGCGUCUCUGCGGGCGCUGCUGGAGCUGCAGCAGGAUCAGCUGGAUCAGAUGCGCGGGCGGCUGGAGGAGGAAGGUACUCUGGCCAGUGAGAUGAAGAUUCUGCGGAGGGAGAGCGUCAACAUGAACGCUCGCAUCGCCCAGCUCUACGCCCAGCUGCUCAGCGAGAUCAUCCAGAAGAAGGAACAGGUGGAGGAGCAACGGCGGCUCGAAGGGCUCCUGCUUAAUGCUACAUCACAGCUGCAUCAGGUGUCUAGCAAUUACAGAGACCUGGAGAAAAAGUACGACACACUCGCUUCUCUAGUGAACAACCAGAGCCAGAUAAUCACCCUUCUGGAGAAACAGUGCCAGCUCAAGACCCCUACUAAAGAGCUGCAGGAAGCGACAUCACUUCCGGCUCAACAGUCGAGCGUGUUGGUGAAUAUAAACACAGAGCCUAAAGAUGUCCAAAGAGACCAAAGUGCCCCUUUUCAUCAGGCACAAGCUCGCCAAGAACCGCUGGAGAGCUUUGAUGAUUCUCCUGGUCCACCAACAGAGACACCCUUCAUCAGUUUCCCCAGCACUAAAUCUCCAGGGCCAUGGCAUGACUGUCAUAAUGUGCUGGAGUCAGGGGAGAAGACAAGUGGCAUCUACCUGCUGCGACCACGCAACACCAACCGUCUGCUGCAGGCCUGGUGUGACCAAAGCAGAGCUCAGGGUGGCUGGACUGUUAUCCAGAGGAGACAGGACGGCUCCGUCAACUUCUUCAGGACCUGGGACCAGUAUAAGCAAGGCUUUGGGAAUCUGGAUGGAGAAUACUGGCUGGGUCUUGAGCACCUGUACUGGCUCACCUCUCAAGCCACCUACAAGCUGCGAGUAGCUAUGGAAGACUGGCAAGGGCGACAAGUCUAUGCAGAGUAUGACAGCUUUCGGGUGGAACCAGAGAGCGACUGGUAUCGUCUACGGUUAGGCAGCUAUCAAGGUACUGCGGGAGACUCCCUCUCAUGGCACAACAAUAAAGCGUUUACCACUCUGGACCGUGAUAAGGAUGCCUACACAGGUAACUGUGCUCAUUACCAGAAGGGUGGUUGGUGGUACCAUAUGUGUGCCCACUCCAACCUGAAUGGUGUGUGGUACAGAGGCGGCCAUUACAGAAGUCGAUACCAAGAUGGGGUCUACUGGGCAGAGUUCCACGGGGGAUCAUACUCCCUAAAGAAAGUGGCCAUGAUGAUCAAACCUGCUUGAGAUUUACCUAAAACAACUCAAGAAGAGCACAAUACUUAAAACUACAACUAAAGAUGUGACAAUGAGCACUAAAUGUACUCGUGGAGCUUUAGACUUCUUCAUUGAAUGCCUACACUGCAAAAAAAGCCUUUUGUGCUUAGAGUUUUAGUAUAGUUUCUAGUCUAAAUAUCUAAAAUUUCUUAAAUCAAGAAGUAUUUUCUAGACAUGUUAUUAAAAGUGUCUUGUUUCCAGAAAUAUUAUGUCAAAAUUAAGUGAGUUUUACCUUAAAAUAAGCAAAAUAAUUUUAUUUUAAAGCAAAAAAGACGUUAAUGUGAAUGUUUAAUGUUUUUAUCAAUAUAUCUGAUGCAGUUUAGUAUAUUCAGAUUGGUGUUUUGCUUGUUGCUUUGGACAAUAGCAUAUACAAUGUUCAUAUUUCCAUUUACAGCUAUGUAAAAUGAUAAACUCAUACUCUAUUUCUUUGAGCUACGAUAUUCACUUUUCAAGCGUCAUCAUUUGAUUAAAGCAUUGCCUCACA